AUGCUCGACUUUCAAACUAUGGUUGCCUUUAUCGGCCUCCCAAUUCUCGCGAAUGCAUGGGAAGUCUAUGUCUAUGACAACGUUGACAACUGCAAACCCACUGGUGCCUCCAACGAACAAGCAUUUUCAAGGAACCGUGGACGUAAUGGUGGAAAUGCCAACCCUACAGCUUGCGACGGCACAGACCUGACGGCCGAUUCCGCCAUACUCAGUGAAAUUAAAGACGCCGGCGCAAAGCCAAACCGCUAUGGGAUGCAUCUUUUACGAAGCGGCAGAUUGCAAUGA